AUGAAUCGUACAAGGAUAAUAACAAGAGGACGAAGACUAUGUGAUAUGGUCAAUAGUACGAGUAAACAAAAUAGAAACUCCGAGACACCCAUUGAAAAUAACAAUGUUUCAUUAGAUGAAAUAGAACUAAACAGCUUUCGUGAUUCAAGUCUCCGAAAUAUCACAGAGUCACCAUUGCCAAUAAGUUUUAACGAAUCUGAAAUGAAUGAGUUGGCAAAUAUAAUAGAUGGAAACAUCUUUGACAACUUAGAAGUAGCAACAGAUUCUGAUACUGCAAAUCUUGAGACACCGCACCCUUCCCCUUCUUGUAGUAUCAAUCACUUGGACUACGACUGUGAUAAUGAUUUCUGCCCAUAUUAUAUACAAAAAGAAAAUUUAUCAGCGUUCGAUAUUAUACCUCAACCCUCACCAGCAUGUAUUUCUAGCUGCUCGACGUAUACAACCAUGAACAAUAGUCCGCUGUCAGAUAUUUCGAAUAAUAGUCCUACCACAAGUGACCGACGCCGUCGUCCAUCAAGGAAAGAUAAAGGUAAUGUAAGAAAAAGACAUUAUAAAGAAUGGAUAGAUAAUAAAAGAAAGUAUUUACGUAAUUUGGGAAAAGAAUAUAUUUCGAGAAAAGGUAAAAUACAAGCAAGCAGAAAGAUGGGCCCACCAUCUCGCUGCCGCAAGAAAUGCUUUGACAAAUUAAGCGAAGAACAAAGAAAGAAUAUUUUUGAGAGUUUUUGGAGCUUAGGCGAUCGAGAAAAUCAAUGGAUGUAUGUGGUUAACUUAGUAAAAAAGCAAAAUAAACGUAGAGUCUAUACAGAUACAGUUUCAAGACCCACAUAUCAUGACUUUUUCAAGAGUCUAUCUUUUGUUACUGGCUCUCAUAAUGUUGAAUUUUCUGAUUCAGAAUAG